GAGAAGCGUAACAUAACGAGAAAGGCCUUGUCCCUCUCUCUGUGGAUCGCGCCGUCGCCCUAAUUUCACUAGUAAAGGUUUUUUUUCAUUUUCUCGUAAUGGCGGCAAACACUAUGGCGCGAUCAUUUCUUCAAGCGGUGGCAACGGAGGAGAUCGCUCCGCCUCUUCGAGUUGUUCAGAUGGAAGGAUUGGCAAUUUUGAAAAUAAUCAAACAUUGCAAAGAAUUCUCACCAGCUCUGGUAACAGGGCAACUUCUUGGUCUUGAUGUUGGUAGCGUACUUGAAGUCACCAACUGUUUCCCUUUCCCUAUUAGAGAAGAAGAUGAGGAGAUUGAAGCAGAUGGAGCAAAUUAUCAGCUUGAAAUGAUGAGGUGCUUAAGGGAGGUUAAUGUGGACAACAAUACGGUAGGAUGGUAUCAAUCAACUUUGUUGGGGUCGUACCAAACAGUGGAGCUGAUUGAAACUUUCAUGAAUUACCAGGAGAAUAUCCGGCGAUGUGUUUGCAUUAUAUAUGAUCCAGCAAGAUCCAAUCAGGGGGUUUUAGCUCUCAAGGCACUAAAGCUCUCAGACUCCUUUAUGGAUCUAUAUCGGAAGAAUAAUUUUACCGGAGAGAAGUUGAGGGAAAAGAAGCUCUCAUGGGUGGAUAUCUUUGAGGAAAUACCUAUUAAAGUUUCAAAUUCCGCACUUAUCAGUGCAUUCAUGACAGAAUUGGAGCCUGAUUCCCCGGUUGCACAGUGUGAUUAUGACCGCCUAAAUUUAUCAACCACUCCAUUUAUGGAGAGAAAUGUUGAAUUUUUAAUUGAAUGCAUGGAAGAUCUUUCUUCUGAACAAAAUAAGUUCCAAUAUUAUUACCGUAAUCUUCAAAGGCAACAAGCACAACAGCAGGCAUGGCUUCAAAAGAGGAGAACUGAAAACAUGGCAAGGAAAGCAGCUGGAGAAGAGCCAUUGCCCGAGGAAGAUCCUACCAAUCCUAUCUUCAAACCACUACCUGAGCCUUCCCGCUUGGAUAGCUAUCUGAUAACAAAUCAAGUUGCUAACUACUGCAACCAAAUCAAUGGGGUUGCUGGGCAGAGUUUCAACAGACUGUAUCUGAUGAAAGCACUGCAGGAUAAUUGAGCAAAAUCAGAGCGGACCGAUAUAUGCAGAAUUUGGUUCUCAGUUGGCAAUUUCGCUUUCUUCAAAUUUUAUGCUAUUGCCAGCACCUAAGCUAAUCUUACGUGUUAGCGAGCUAGAAAAAGAUGAAUUUUUUGAGAAGAUUUACAAUUCUACUGUGUUUUGAGAAACUGAAAUGCAUUUAGAUACUUAUGUAAAUGUCAUCAUAAAUUGUAUCAGGAUUUGAUCUUUACCACCGAGCUGUCGUCAUUGUGCAGAUAUUAUUCUUGAGGAAACAAUUUGCUGGGAUCUCUCAAUUUUGCAUGUC